GUAGGGGGGUCCCAGCGCCCUUCUGAAGGAACUCUGGCUGCUGCUGCUGCUUCUAAAGUCAGCCCUGCCCCAGCAGCUCUCACGUUCCUGAACUCCUUACACCCAGUGCAGUGUGUAAUGUUAACGUGCUGGAUACACUGAGCUUAACCUUUGAUCAAGGAGACUUUGGAGUCCUACAGCAAUCUCCUGUAAAAAUAGUGCUAAUACCAGUGAAAGGCAAAGGGCACCGGCUUGAUUAUUAUCUAGGCUUUUGUGUACAGAAAACCAGCGCACAGCCGUGGUGCAGACUGACUGUAGGAUGUUUCCUUUGCACAACGGGCUGUUAACAGCUAAUGCAAACAGCUGCCUGGGGUGAGGAGCAGUGCAACAGGGCUGGCCCUGCGAGGACGGAGCCAACGCUGAACGGUGUGUCCCUGACUGCUGCCCAGGGGCCUGGGAGCUCCUCAUAUUUCCUCACUAUGGUCUCUCCCAUCGCUGGUAUGUGAAAGCCCAGUCAACUGCUUCGGUCACUUACGUCUGUGCUGACAGCCUGAUUCAGCAUCAGUUUGUGUUUUGGACGUGGGCGCGUUAGUGUACGUUUCGUGAGCAGCUCCAAUCCCUCUGCGGAGCAAUCUCAGCAGUGAGUCACUGGAGGAAAGAGGAGAGGCUUUCUGCUUUUGGCAGGUGUAUGAGGCAGGAGCCCUGGUCAGCACUCUAGAAUGCCCAGGAAUCCCACGGGGUGGCUGUGCCAACGCCGUCAGUGCCAGAAGACUUUGAAGAAAAAGCAGCUCUUGGCCCUGGCUCCCAGAUCAAUGGGAACUACCGAAUGUACAGCUCGGUGGGGGACCUGCGCCCGCAGGCUCUUGACGGGGAUGAGCUGGAUGAAGACAUCCCUCCACCACCAUCAGUACCCCCUCCGCCCCCGCCAACAGCACGGGCCCCCUCGCCACCGCUUCUAGCCUCACCAGCCCUACAGCCGCCUGAAAUGCGGCCGCCUUCACCACCGCUGCCACUGCCCGAGACGGUGCCGCCACCUCCUGCCAUGGCACCUCCACCACCCCCAGCCUCCACCCUGUCCUCCCCUGGCAUGCUGUCCCCUCCAGACUUCAUCCCACCAGCCCCACCGCUCUCCAAGGCCCCCGUGCCCUUCACCAAUGGCAUCUCCAAGUGGAAGUCUGAGACUGUGCUGAACACGAGGCAGGCGGACGCCGAGGGACCACUCCACACCACUGAAGUCCAGGUGCCGGCUGCCCCCAGCCCGAAGGAGAGCCUGCAGCCCCCCAAGCAGUGCCCCGAGCCCCAUCUCACCUUCCCAAGGUCCUUCAAGGUGCCUCCUCCGGCCCCGGCACGGUCCUCCUCCAUCCCCGUGCAGGAGAACCAGCCUGCCCGUCAGGAGCCCUUCUCCAGGCAGCCCCACGCCCGGCCUCCCCUCCCGCCAUGCUUCACCAUAAGACCCGCAGCCAAAGCUCACGCAGGAGAAGCCAAGGAGAGAAAUCCCCCGCUGAGACAGCCCCUCACCAAGAUGGCUGUGCCGACCCCUCCACCGCUGAGCCCCAAGCCAGGUCCAGAGAUCAUCGGCCGGUCCCCGCUGCCCAGCUCAGAGUCAGAGAAGAGUCCCCAGCCAAAAACUGCCAACAAAGACUCUCCUCCGAAACCUGAAGUUCUCACUGCGAAUGACCUGGAGCUGCCUCCUCCGGAUUACCCGACCUCUGAGGACAGCUGGAAGGAUGCCGGCAACCUGAGCAGGCUGCAGCACGAGCUCUCGGCCCUGCUGCGCUCCCCCAGGAGGGAGGAGAGGCAGACGGAGGUGCCAGCAGCUCCCCGGCCCGCAGGCGGCAGCACCAACAAUGCUGGCAACCAUGUGCCUGGCCCCAAUGGGCCCCAGCUCACCGAGCCUCCCAGGAAGGCCUCGCCAUUACCCACGGGAGGGGAGAAGGAGAGGAAGGAGGGGCCCGGCAGCCCCCCCAGUGCCAUGGGCAGCCCCCCCGGUGAGGCACAACCAGCUCCCGAGAGCAACUCGGCCGUGCAGCCCCGCAGCGUGAUGAAAAUCAGGAAUGAGCUGGAAGCAGUGUUCUCCCUGAAGAAAGAAAGAAAGCCUGCCCUGGGGCUUGCUGGCCAGAAGCAGGGCCCUGAGGAUGGGGGCAGCACCCCACGUUUGCGGUUGAGUCCCCCUGACCUGGGUGAUGCCGUGCUGCCAAAACCAGCCCCAAGCCUGCUCCCAGCCCCGAGCCUGCUCCCAGCACCGGUGGUGGCUGCUGCCGAGGAGCCAACCAGGCAGGAGGAACAUCCCGUUCCUGUCACCCCUGCUGCUGACAAGGCCACGGAGAGCUCGACCACUGCUCCCCAGUCCCCUGACAGCAGUGUGAGUGCCCCAGAGCUGCCUCAGAAGCCAGAGGAGGAGCCCCCUGCUCCCACUCCCCCAUCGCCCCCCAUCUCCCUAGCCCCGCAGCCUGGCGCUGCCAUCUUCCAGUACAAAGUGCACCGGGCUGGGGCUGGCUCGGCCGAGCCUCCCUGCCCCAAAAACUCAUCCAGCAGCCCCCCGGGAGCCUCAGGCUCGGGGGAGGAGGAGGUGCUGAUCCACCCCGUGACGGGUGAGCGGGUGGAGCGGGGCUCCCCCAUGGCGCUGCUGCUGGCAGCCCGGCAGCGUGCGCAGCGGGGGCAGCUGGGCAGUGAGGCGGGGGGCCCACCGCGGGCAAAGCCACCCCCAAAACUCGGCAGUGCCGCGUCGGACACCACCUCCACCACCAGCUUCUACCGCCACGAGUCCAAGCCCUACUCCUUCACCGUGGUGCCCCGGCCCCUGUCAGGGACAGGACAGAGCAAGCCGCACUCCUUCUCCAGCUCCUCAGAGCAGGGACGGGUGGUGGGCGAGGGGCAGCCCCCCGGGCACCAGCGGGCCACUGCCUCCAGCCUGCUGCGGGGCCUCCUGGAGUCAGGUCAGCCGAAACGCCCCGAGCCUCCCCGCUCUGCCAUGCCCAGGGAUGACGAGGUGGAGGAGAAGAACGGGGAGAUGACGCUGGACUACGCCAUCAUCCCGCCACCCCCCGAGUUCAGCAACGAGGUGGAUGAGGCUGACGGGAUCCCCCAGAGCCGGGAGGGGAACCGCAAGUGCCCCAGCUUCCCCGACUGCAGCCGGGGCUCGGAGGCACCACGGUACUUCAGGUGGCCUGGCUACGGCCGUGGCUACAACUACGGGAACAGACAGGAGCCCGUGGAGCAGAGCAGGAGGAACAGCGACCUGACGCCCCACUAUCCAGAUUACGGUGGCUCUGCUGGCUACUUCGGCCGUGGUCCAAACAGCCGCCCGCUCAUCAAAAAGCGGCUCUACGUCUCGGAGCCUGAACGCUCCUACCCCAGGGCAGCUGCCCGGGGUGCGGGCGCUCUCUCAUCCUACGGCCCUGGGGCAUACAGCUCCUCGGCUGGGGAGGGGGCUCGCCGCCUGGGCUCUGCCCACCGGAAUGGCCCCGCCAGCACGCAGGGCAGGCGGACAUCCAUCGAUUCGGCUGGGAAAGCCGGGCCGUACGGCGGUGCUGACACCAAGUACAAGGCACAGAAUGGGGAUUUCUCGGCAGCUGGCAGACCUGCCCACGGCAGCUCACAGUACAGUGGACCCACCAACACCUUCACGGUCAGACCCGGGACACGGCAGCCUAUCUCCUACGCCUACCAGAGUGGUCACCGGUAGGCUUGUCCGUGGGGCUGCUCUGCCACCUUCGUCCUUCAGCUGGCAAGAGAUGAAGAGGUGCCUCAGUGGCUCACCACCCUGGGCACCAGGGACAGUCCCAACCCAGCCAGCAAAUGAAUGCACUGCUUGAAACUACAGAGGGUGAAGGCAGAGAGCAAAUCUGGGACUUGAACUCUUCUCAAAAGACUGUCAUGGAGAGUAGUUACUACAGAGGACCGGCUGCUGUUCGUGAGCAAACGUGUUUUUCCUUCUCUUCCCAUUCUCCCGGUAUUAUUUUCAGAAUUGCAGCUUGUUAGGUCUUCUAAGAAAGUGAAAGGGCCUAAAGAGUCUUAGUUCUCUUUAAAGAGCAUCACCACUGGAGAGACUGUUUUCAGUUUUGUUUUUUUAAUUGGUUUAAAUGCAAUGUGCUUGGGAGUGGGGAGAAAACAACUGGGAGAUAGACAUAAUGGAAGCAAGCUGCUGUAUAUCUAAAUUUAGGGGAAUUAAAAUAAGAAUGUGAGGUCAAUUGGAUAGAAAUAGUUUAGGAUGACUAGAUCACCACCUCCCUCAAUAGCCUUAAGCAAAUCAGUUAUACCGGUGCCUUAAAAACAGCUUGGUGCCUUAAAAACAGGUCACGGCUCUCUGUGCCUAUCCCCAGGAGCUGGGCUCAGCAGCUCCACAAAGGUCUGAGCCCCCUUCCCCUGGGUGUGACCACAGGGGUCAGCAGCUUUGGGAGUGUGGGGCCUUGCUUUCCUGUUCCUUUUGGUCACUGCAAAUGUUUCUGUUGCUAAUUAGUCAUCGUGGAAGGCUGAGGCCGGACUGGAUGGCUGUAAAGCACUCCGGCAAUACAAGACAUUCAGCAAUUCUUUUCCUUUGUCAGAGGUGGUGGGUAUUAGUGACUCAACAGAAUGGUACCGAUGGGGCUUUCUUCCAGGAUUACUUUGCCGCGUAAUACCCACAUAAACCCCACCUCUACAAGCUAAGCCACUUAGUUCUUAUAAACUGAGGCUUGGCUUUGUUUGAUUUCGGGGACUGAUAAGCUAAAUUUGGGUAGUUGUAAAGUAUUUGACACUCCUGGGUGUGAAAUGUCUCCAGUGACAUACCUGAGGGACCUGUCUCCAGCUAUUCCCAUUAGCACAUUGUGAACACUUGUCUGGGUGUUGAGUGUGCGUGCAAGCCUGUCUGCUUCUGCGGAUCUGUCUGGAGGAGCUAGCGAUGGCCAUGCUGUGCCAUGGGAUAGAAUAGUCUGAAAAGGUAUCUCACGCUUCAGAGGGCAAUGCGCUCGCUGUAACUGACCAGGUUUUGAAUAGCUAACCUCCGGAACUUAGGAACAAAUACAUCUUCCUCAUAGGUAAACUUGCUGAAAAUCACUGUAAGAUAGGUGUAAAAAACUUGUAGAGAGUAUUUUCUAAUCACUGAUAAACUAAAAGCACUUUGAGACAUUAGUCUACUUUUAUUGAAAGCACUUUCUAUUCUCAAUAUUACACAGUAUCAUUAGUUCCACUCAAGCUUACCUUGCAUUGUGUUGCAAGCAGAUUUUGCUCUACAAUUUGACUCAAAACUCAAUGAUAUAUUUUUCCCUCAGUGCAAUUUUCAAAACAGUUAUCUUCAUUAAUGUCACCUUGUUGACAUUUGUUUUAUAUUAUUCCCAACUCUACCUAAUAAUUUAACAGCUGUUUCAAAUAUUGCAGAGGCUUCAAAGUAUUCUGAACUUUACUUUGCUGUGAAUAAAAUGAGAACACAAAUACCGUAAUAAGUCUAAUAGCUAAUUCAUAGGAUGUUGUUAUGCCAGUAAGUCACAGUGACUAGGAAUAUUUCCAGACGUGCUCACUCCAGCUGGUACCGAAAUAACACAGUUUAAAUAACUGGAUGUUCACUUGUGAAGAAAAGGAACUAUGGAGUAGCCACCUGGGUGUUUAAGUGUACCAGUGUCAUGCAGAAUAGCCAUUUGCCCUCCUCCCCCCUUCCCGGUGAGGAAGUUUCCCAUGUGAGGAGCAUCUUGAGAAUUCUUCUUUAUCUAUGGAAGUGGAGCCGUGAUCAUGUUUGCAUAGCUUCAGGGCUGUGUUUUACUAUCGGAUGGAAUUUCACCACUUUCACCUAAAACAAAGCUUCGCUGAUAAUACUGCAACCUGAUCUAGAGGUUUGCACAAUGAGGAGUUACAACUGCAAAAUUGAUUCCUAAAAUUAGUUUAAAUGUAAACAGUUGUUGGGAGACUUUGGUCUAUAUUAAAUUCACACAGUCUCUGGACAAUCUUCCCCCUCUUACAAACUUUCCUAAAUCUGAACAUAGCCCCAGCAAUUUUUUUUUUUUUCCCCAGAGCAAAAUGUGAAACUCCAAUGUUGUCACUUAACUUUGAAUUUCAUGUUUACUAUUUCACCCACACAUACAAUUCCUAUGUAGUCGUAAUAGGCACGGUGUUACACAGUGUGGAAUGUCUUGUUUCUGGUAGCUGUGUAUUUGUUUAUAUUAAAUAGUAGAAGCCUGAGAAUGUAAGUCAGUUUUAUGUACUAGCCAUUAUUCAUUCAAAGAACACCCAUUCUGGGAAUGCAUGGUAGGCUAAGCUGUAAUGAAAUCAGGCAGGACUGUUCACAGUUGUAAAACUGGUUAACCAGAAUGUCUGAAGCAGUGAAACUAUUCCAUUCUUCAGACACUUUGGGCUAUCCCUGCUGCUUUUGAGUGCAUUAGGAAAAUACUAGAGUUUCAGUAACAACUAGACAGGCCAAGGCCACUGGGAACUGUUCAGGUUACAAAGAAAUCACUGUCAGGGCUGUUGACAGCCAAAGAACUUUCAGAAGUGUUAAGUUAAAUCUGUAACUCUGCCAGAACGGGGAAGAGCUCCCUCUUGCUUGCCCAGGUGAUCUAUGUGCUGUACCAAGUACCAUUCCUGUUUCUCCUCCUUCUCCCCCAGCUGUUUCACUAUGAAAACUUAGCAAUAGAGGAGGAGUGAAGUGAGGGGUAUUAACAGAGCACAGCAACCUACCUUACAGACCAGCCGUAGCACUAGAAAUUAUCUUGACACCUGACAAUGGAGUUCUUAACACUUCAACUCUCUCCCGAGUUUGGUCAUUCAAGUCUUGAUACCACAUAAAUCAUCCCCUACAGCCGUCUUCUCCUCAAAGUACCUGCUAAUGUAGCAUAACUGAUAGCUUUACUUGUAAAGCCUUUGAACAAAGUCUCUUAUUUAUGAGUGCCAUUGAAAACUAACCUUCUUGCAUUAAAUAUGUCUGGAUGUAUUGUUUUAUUA